AUGACAGUUUUGGCGGUGAACGGCUGCAGAUCCCGCGCGCUUUGGAGAGGUCCCUGCGCCCUGCGCUCUCCUCGCCGGGCGGGCGGGCAGAAGGGCAGCCUGCGCUCUGCCCACCUCCCAUUUCUGAAGAAGAGGGCAGAGAGACCCGGAGUCGCCAUGGGUGCUUGGAGUCGCCCUACGUGGCUGCUGUUCCUCCUCUUGGUUCUGCAGAGGGUCGCGGCGCCGCCUUCCCAGGGAUCGGGUCACUUGCCUUGCUUGGGGCUGGUCAUUGGGUCCAACAAAGAACCCCUACGGUGCUGCUACCAAUGUCCCUCAGGAUACACCCAGACUGUGACUUGCCCUGCAAAUCUCACGGACUGCAAAAAGAACCUGUGCCGAGCCGACCACUACCUGAACGAUGCACACGUCACGCCCCGUUGCGAGGCUUGUAAGCAGUGCCUGCCAGACCGCCACCUAGUAGAAAAACGUCCUUGCACCAACCAUACCAACCGGGAGUGCCAAUGCCAGCCUGGAUGGUACUGUAAGGAGCCAUCAACGGGCACCUGUAUUACCUGCGUCCCGCUGACCACUUGCAAGCCGGGCUCUGGGGUCAAGACCAAAGGCACCCCUGACACAGAUACCAUCUGUGAAGAAUGCCCUGCGGGUACUUUCUCUGAUGAAGAUUCCAGCACCCAAACCUGCAAGCCUGACACCGAUUGUGCCAAGUUAAACAAGGUCCCUCAGGGCCAAGGGGCAACCACACAGGACGAAAGCUGCCUGGACCACUCGUCUGGGCAGUCAACACCGCCGGAGGGCACAACUGCCAUUCACCUGGACCCCUCGCUGGACAGCGUCCUCAGCACAACGGUCAGCGAAGGCAGAGGCGGAUUCAACUCCACCCACAUCUUGCCUGUGAAGAAACCAAACAGAGGGGAGACUGAUUUCGCCCUCUUGGUUGCUGUCCUCCUUUCCGUGUUGGUCCUGUUUGCCGGCUUGGUGAUGUUCUGGUGGAGGAGGUUUUGCAAGGCGUGGAUCGUCCCCCAUGCAGCGAAGAGUGAGCUGACCUUCUUCCACAGGAAAUCUAUGCUCAAUCUUCAAGCCUCUAACCCGGCGAAGAUUUGCGAAGAGAGGAUCGAUGGGCCGGACUCUGAAGAGCAUGGCUUAGCAGAGGGGGACCAGCUGAAUCCCGAACCCCUUGCAGAAGCCCCUGACGGCGUCUCCGUCUUGGAAAUGGAAAACACUCCUGCCCUUGGUCCCAAAGGUGAUGAGCUGUUUCAGAUGGACGGAGGGACAUUUGUGGAGCCCCCCCUGCACAACCACACGAGUAACCACAUCGAAAAAAUAUACAUCAUGAGAGCUGACACGGUGAUCGUGGGGUCCGUUUCGGAAGUGCCUUCCGGGAAGAUGUGCCUCACCAAGGAGGAAGAUGGAGGUUCUGAGACCCAGGAGGACGUAGAGGGGAAGGAACUGGCCAUGCGCUAUCCGGAACAGGAAACGGAAUUCCACCCAGGAAGUGACAUCACAACUCCCGUGGAGGAAGAGUGGGAAUUCCACAAUUCCUGUGGAAAGACUUUGGCCAUCUAGCUAGAAAAUGACGGGUGCACGCUUAUAAUAAUAAAUAAUAAUUUUAUUAUUUAUGCCCUACCCAUCUGGCUGGUUUCCCCCCAGCCACUCUUACUGAACUGUUUUUAGCAUAGGAAGUGCUCUACAGUCGUACCUUGGUUUCCGAACAGCUUGGUUCAUGAACAACUCGGAACUCGAACGUCGCAAACCCGGAAGUAGGUGUUCCCGGUUUGCGAACUUUGCCUCAGAAGC